AAAAAAUUGUUUAUGCUUAGUAUAACUGUAGUAUAGAUUUUGUGCAUUUUUAUAUUUUGAACAACCCGUUCGUUUUAACUUUUUUUUACGUAUUAUAAUUCUAAAAUUUAUUUUGAAUAAAUUACUUGCAUAUACAAAAUAAUAAUUCAUAUAAUUCAAACUAAUUAUUAUGGAAAAUAAGCCAAAGUGGUUAUGGAAGAAUGUUGAUUAUGAUAAAUAUCAGUGGCAUGUUACAAUUUCUACUAUUGAUUCAACUAUUGAAUCAGAAAAUGUAGAUGAAAAAGUAGUUUAUAUAGAAGAUUUAGAAAAAAGAAGACAAGCGUAUGGAAUAUGUGGAGAAUGUAAAGAACCUGGUACAGGAGAAUAUUGGUGUCAACCUUGUAAUGCUAAAAGAUUUAAGGAUAACUUUAAAAAUUGGACUAGUGGAAAUAAAGAUAUUGAUGAAUUUAUACAACAAUCACAACUUAAUGUUGUGCAUUAUUAUAAAUGUCUUGAAUGGAUACCUUUUGAAAAAUUUCAAAAUAUCACUUAUAUUGCAGAAGGUGGUUUUGGAAAGAUUUAUUCAGCUGAAUGGCCUGAAGGAAAUAUUAAUUAUUGGGAUAUUGAAAAUCAAAAAUGGUAUAGAUACAAAGAUUUUGAUAAAUAUGCAUUAAAAAGUUUGAAUAAUUCUUCUGAUAUAUGUUCAGAUUUUUUAAAUGAGGUAAUUUAAACUUACUUUGUCUUAUAUAUAAAGAUUGUUAUUUGCAUUUAU